CAUCAUUAUGUAAAACUCUUUGUUUCCAUUGUUAUUCCAUCAUAUGUAGUACCUAAAUACAUUUCUGAGCUAGUAAAUUUUGGUUCCAACGUCCUUCUACUUAUGAUUUGCAAGAUUUUUUUUUAUCAAUUUUAGCACGAUUGAUUGAUUGAUUGCUUCGGUAGAACUGCAGAAAAAUCAAGAUUGAAAAAUAAUUUCCCUCCAAUUUUGCGUGAUACGAUAUCUCCAGUAAUAAAUUGAUCUUUUUUUCAAAACCGAAUGAAAAGACGUUUCAUGAUUUUCACAUCCGAGAGUUACAAGCGAUUGUGAAUUAACAUCUAUUACCUAGGUAUUGUAAAAUUCAAGCAGUUUGCAUAUUUUUUCUGAACCAUCGCGAUGGCAAAAUUACACAACAUUGUUGAUAUGUUUGAAAACCAAGCUGUUUCACAAUCCAACAAAGCGGCGCUGGUUUUUAAAUCUGACACCAUCACCUAUCGCCAACUAAAUGAAAGAGCUAACCAGUUAGCAAAGCACUUGAUUGCAGCUGGUCUUACUCGAGCAUCUGUGGUGGCACUGUGUGUGGAGCAGUGUCCAAAUCGUGCCAUAUUCAUGCUGGCAGUGUGGAAAGUUGGUGCCAUUCUAGUUGCAUUGGAUCCAGAGUAUCCCAAAGCUCAUAUGAUUUCCAUUUUAGAAGACACUCAACCUUCAUUAUUGCUAACAUCUGAUAAAUUGUUGGAUAAAUUCAGCAACUAUAAAGGAAACAUCACUGUACCAGAAUGUGAAAAACAUCUAAUAGCAAAUCAUGACACAGGUAAUUUGCAAACCAGCAUUUAUCCAGAAGAUGAUAUUUACAUUAUCUAUACAUCAGGAAGUACUGGAAAGCCCAAGGGAGUAGUUUUACAACACGGUGCUGUUUUCAAUUGUCUGAAGAAUUAUAUCAACACUACAGGUAUUUCAACUCAAAAUACUACUGUGCAGCUAUUCACUUACUGUUUUGACAUUAUAUACAUAGAAAUGUGGGCUCCAUUAUUAGCAGGUGCAACAUUACAUCUGUACCCUAACAACAAGAUUGUUGGUGCACCUUUGUUAAAAUUUUUGACUCAGCAUAAAGUUGAUUUUUUAUUGAUUACUCCAACCUUACUAACUACCCUUCCUAUGGAUGAACCAACUGGUAAUCUAAAGGUAGUGUGUAUAGCUGGGGAAGCAUGCCCUGAACAAGUACUACAGCACUGGCUUAGCAAAGUUGAAAUAUUCAAUAUUUAUGGUCCUACGGAAACCACCAUUGCAGUUACUUGUCACAAAUACCAGCAAGGACAAUCUGCCAGGACAAUAGGCAAACCCAUACCUGGGGUAGAAUUUUAUGUGCUCGAUUCAAACAUACAACCUUUGCCAACUGGCGAGUGUGGUGAACUAUACAUCAGCGGACUUCAGUUAGCCAAGGGAUAUCUUAAUAGGCCCGACUUAACUGUUGAGCAAUUUCCUCACCUGCAGGUUGGUGGACAAAUGAAACGCAUGUACAAAACUGGUGACAUGGUAAAAUUGCAGGCAGAUGGAAACAUGCAAAUUUUAGGAAGAAUUGAUGAUCAGAUUAAAGUACGUGGAUAUCGUGUAGAAUGUGGGGAAAUUGAGUGUGCAAUUAAUAGUAUAGAUGGUGUGAAGCAAGCAGUUGUUGUUGUAAUGAAUACAAUAAAAUAUGGAAGGCAGGCGUUAUCUGCCUUUGUAGUAUUGAACCAUCUUCAAGUUAAUAAAGAUUUAGAGAUAAAAAAGAUUCUGAAGAAAUUGAGAGACACACUACCUUCCUACAUGAUACCAUCUAGGAUAAAAUUUGUGAAUGAAUUACCAUGUUUAAACACAGGAAAAGUAGACAGAAAAAUAUUGCAGGUAGCUGAGAGGGAAGAGCAUAUUACUUUAGAUGGCAUAAAAAGUGAUGACAUCGAGGGUAUAAUUACUGCCAUAUGGACAAAUGUAUUGCAGAUUCCAAAUAUCAAACCUUCAGAUGAUUUUUUCUCUUUGGGGGGAAAUUCGUUCGAUGUUAUGCAUGUGGCGGUAUCACUUCCUGAACAUAUUAAAAGAAUAGUCACAGCCAAUGAUCUUUACCUUCAUACCACAGUAGAAAAGCUAGCUGGGUUUUUAAGAGAACGCCUUUUCAGACCUUUAACAGAGAAUGAGAAAAUUGAGAUUAUAAAAAAUGUUAUGUUUUCUGACAUCAAACUAGAGACUGAUUAUGAAUAUCCAACCAACAUUAACCCUAAUGUCCUACUGAAUCCCAAACGUAUACUGAUUACUGGAGUUACAGGGUACUUAGGCUCCCAUGUAUUGAUAGAACUACUGAGUAGCACAUCAGCACUUAUUUAUUGCCUGAUCCGAGCUGAAGAUGAACGUGACGCUAUAGACAGGCUGAAAUUUACAAUCACUGAAAGAAACAGAAUACCAUGGCCAAAACAUAUUGUUGAUCGCAUUAUACCUUUAGUUGGAGAUUUCUCUCAACCAUUUUUAAAACUAUCUGAACAAGAAUACACAAAACUUACAAAAGAAAUAGAGAUUGUUUACCAUUUGGGUGCAAAUGUAAGCUAUCUUGCACCUUACCAAAUACUGAAACCUGCAAAUGUCAAUGGUACCCAGCAUAUCAUCAAGUUUGCUACCACAAACAAACUGAAAUAUUUAAUUGCAUGUUCCACCAUAUCUGUUUUCUCAUUUGGCAAUCUAUUUACUGGAAAAGUAAGAAUGUACAAAGAUGACGAUCUUGAUCAGAAUCUUCCAAGUAUUUGCAGGGAUCUUGGUUAUGUGCAGAGUAAAUAUGUCGCAGAAAAAAUUUUGGAAAAAGCUAUGCAAAAAGGAUUGCCAGUAAUUGGAUUUCGACCUGGUUUACUUUUCUGCCAUAGUGUAACUGGAGUUUGUGAUGAGAAACAGUGGGGUUCAAUGGCAAUGAAGUGUUGCUUAUCCAUAGGUGUUUUCCCAUCACUUUUGGAUGCCAGAGAGCAACUAGUCACAGUAGAUUUUGCUGCAAAAGCUAUCGCAUAUAUAAGUAAAGACAUAAAUGCGGUAGGUAAAAAUUUCAGUUUGACCCCACAUCCAGUGCAUGAUAUUACAAAUACUGUUCUGUUUAACAAAUUUAACGAGUACUUCCAAAUGAACCUUGUCCACGCAGAUUUUCAAGACUGGUUAAAUAUUUGGAAAACUGACCAGCACAACCCUUUAUUUGGUUUGGUUAAUCUUUUCACAGAACCAUUGUAUAAGGGUAAAUGUUUAAUAGAAUUGCAUGAACAGUGUUACUAUCAUGAGAUAAAGAAUACAGAGACGUUCUUGGAAGGUAGUGGUAUAGAUGUAACGUCUCCGAUGAUUACUAAAGAAGUUCUGUCAAAUUACCUUGAUUUUAUACAAAUACCACACUGAAUAUGUUAUCAUAGGCAGGGCUUAAAACCCUUACCCACCAGAUAAGACUAUUAGUUUCAGUAUUGGGUAAUUUUUGGUAGGUACGUACCUAUUGUGAGCACCUAGAUACUCCACAGGCUACCAGUUAAUGCUUUGUUUCAUCAUGAUGGGUAUUCAAGAUUUAAGGGAUCAUAAGGGAAAGUGGUGUACCACACAGCAAGCUUGCACUUGGAACCAAUAGUUCAAUUCAAUACCAUAUCCGCAGAUGCAAGUUGACAGAAAAAAUGUAGGUGGUGGAAGGGAAGCGGAAAUGCACUAUUAUGUGCUGCAUAAUAUAGGUAGAGGUAGACAUUAAAAUGUUGCAUACCUAAUUAUCUUGUUAGUUUUGGUGGAAAGUUGAUUAGUUGGGUAAGAUGGAGGUGAAAGAGGGGUGUGAGGUAGAGGUACAGUACUUAUGAGGUUACAUUUUACUUGUAUUUUAAGAUGUAGGUAUUCAUUCCUGAAUUGUUUUCUGAAUUGUAAUGUGUGAAAUAAAAGUUGGUUACGUA